CAUUCAUUGGUUUAUUUUGUUUCGACCAUCAGCUGUUUAUUAUAUUUACGUAGGAACUAAAUCAAAAUAUUCGCUCAGUAUGAUAAUAAGCAUAGCUAGCAAUUGUUGCAAACGGUUACACCUAAUCCAAGGAUUACACCGACCUAUCAAGAAUAUGGCUCCAUUACAUCAUCGAGGUGCGAUUCUGCAGCGAGGCCAAAUGUUCUCGUGGAUCGGUUUUCAAACGAAGAGCUGUAGGAAUGCAGCUAAAACAUCUGUGAUAAUCUGCCCUAGGCGUCCCAUAAAAGCUCACCAUUUCAGCAGCGACUCAUCAUCAAACAUUGACCAAUCUCGGCCAGCACUAGCGAAACAAUCACAACAGAACUCUAAUAUCAGUUUAGAUUCUGCUAAUGUAAAACGUUUACUUGAAUUCGCGAAACCAGAACGAUGGAGUAUUGCUGGAGGAGUUGGAUGUUUGAUUCUCUCGUCGGCAAUAACGAUGUCCGUUCCAUUCGGUCUUGGCAAAAUUCUAGAUGUGAUUUAUUCCUCCUCUGUCGAGGCAGGACUUGCGAAGGAAAAAUUAGAUCAAUUUUGCCUAUUGCUCGCGGGUGUAUUCGCUCUUGGUGGAUUAGCUAACUUCGGAAGGAUUUAUCUAUUCAGUAACGCUUCUUUAAGGAUAACGCAAAGUAUUCGUUCGACUUUGUAUAAUGCUAUGUUGAAAAAUGAAACGGGAUGGUUUGAUAAGAAGGGUACCGGGGAGCUUGUGAAUCGGUUGUCCUCCGACACGUUUCUGGUGGGGAACUCGCUCAGUAUGAACCUAUCCGAUGGUUUACGUUCCACUGCGAUGGUGCUAGCAGGGACUGGUAUGAUGGUAUAUACCUCGCCCCAUUUGGCACUGGUUGGCAUCUGUAUCGUGCCAUGUGUUGCGGGAAUGGCAAUUGGCUACGGACGCUAUUUACGAAACAUCUCGAGACUGCUUACCGAUAAACAGGCUGAAGUUAUGAAGCUAGGUGAAGAAAAGUUGAGCAAUAUUAAAACGGUAAAAAUAUUUUGCAAGGAAAAGUUUGAGAAUCAACUGUUCUCGGACAGGUUGCUGGAUGCGCUCACAGUUGGAUAUCGAGAAGCCAAAGCGAGAGCUGUCUUUUAUGGGAUGACUGGACUUUCAGGAAAUAUAAUUAUUCUGUCGGUAUUAUAUUACGGAGGAACAAUGGUUAACAACAGUGAGAUGACAAUCGGUGCGCUAACGUCUUUUAUUCUGUACGCCGGUUACACUGCCAUAUCCAUAGGAGGAUUGAGUAAUUUUUACACCGAAAUAAACAAGGGAAUAGGAUCAGCCAGCAGAAUCUGGGAAAUAGUGGAUCGGAAGCCGGCUAUUCCGACUGAAGGCGGCCUAAUGCUACAGAAUCAACCAAAGGGAGAAGUGGUGUUCGAUAGUGUUGGCUACAACUAUCCUUCACGACCAGAUGCGGUUGUUUUGAGCAAUUUGAACUUGCGCGUGGAACCAGAGAGCAUAACUGCUGUGGUCGGAAGAAGUGGCUCGGGAAAAUCCACGAUGGCUUCGUUAUUGUUGAGGUUGUAUGAUCCUCAAGCGGGAAAUAUUUUUCUGGACGGUCAAAAUCUCAAGGAUCUGAAUUCAACAUCACUUCGGCGGCACAUAGGAGCCGUGAAUCAGGAACCAGUCUUAUUCAGCGGAUCAAUUCGGGAAAACAUACUGUAUGGGCUCAAUUUAGGCGACAAAGUAUCAGAAAGCGAUUUCCAACGAGCAGUUCACGAGGCACAUGUGCACGAAUUCGCGAAACAUUUGCCGGACGGUUUGAACACACUUGUAGGCCAGCGAGGGAUAAUGCUCAGCGGAGGACAGAAGCAACGUGUUGCGAUCGCGAGGGCAAUCAUCCGGAAUCCAAGAAUUUUAAUUCUGGAUGAGGCGACCAGUGCGCUUGAUGCGGUUUCGGAAGAGCUCAUCCAGAAAUCUUUGGAGCAUUUGACAAGAAACCGAACUGUGCUGAUAAUUGCCCACCGCUUGAGUACAAUUCGCAACGCGACAAACAUUGCCGUUUUACAAAAUGGCAAAAUUGUUGAGCACGGUAAUUAUAGUGAGUUGUUUAAGGUUAACGAGGGUGUUUUCAAAGAAUUAGUUCAACGACAAACGUUUUCGUUGUCGUCAUAACGUUAUCGUUUACAUCUCGGAUGUAUUCCAUAAGUAGGCCUUGAUUUUCGUGAAUCUGAUGUGAAAAGUUUAAAAUGUCAUUAUUGUUGAUAUACAAAGGCGAUUCGUACUGAAUCGAAAUAAUUUGUUUCAUUUUAGUCACAUAUUUACAUUCGAUUUAGCUUAUAGUUCAUAGAUCGGUUGAAGUUUAAAAAUAAAAAUUGUCAUGAGAUGUCGCUUCGGAGUGGAGAUUUGCACAUAUUGAUGAGU